AUGGACAUGCCCCCAGUUCAACAACAACCACAACCACAACAGCCUCAACCACCAAAAAGAAGGAGGCUUGUUGCAGCAUAUGAAUAUGAUGAUUUGGAACCUACUCCUGCAACAACCUCUGAACCUGUUCAAACCAGUCCUCAACCAAAGCCAGCCAGGUUCAAAAGAAGGGCUCACAAGCCUGCAAGGGCAAAGGUACCCAUCACAGAGAUAACAGACUUCACUCUUGAGGAAGAGCAAGCACCUUCUACCACACUACCAGAACCUUCUCAAGCUCUGAUGGUACUUCCUCUUCAGGCUGUUCCAAUCUCUGAUGGUGCUACAGCAUCUACUACAUCCUCUGAAGUAGAUGAAGAAAUAAAGUGUGAUGAACCAAUUACAUCUGAAGCUGGAGCCAAAAUGUCUGAUCCUCAAACUCCAUUAUCUGAUCAUGGCCCCUCCACUCCAAUUCCUCAUUCUCCAAUGAAAAUUCCUGAGGAUGCCAUUGUUCAUGAUACAGCUCCAGAAAACUACAAGUCUGAUGUAGUUGAUGAAUCUGACAAAGUAGCUUUGGAAGCUCUGCAGUCUCUUGCUAAGGCUGGUGAAGAGCCUAGCAAAUCAAAGUCUAAAACUCCAGAACAAUCUGCUCCAGAUAAUGUUGAGAAAGUUGCUGAUCCUCCAUCUGAUAAUGAUGAGGAUGAUGAAAGUUCAGAUGAUGACAAUGAUGAAAAUGAUAAUGAAGUUCCUCAGUCACAUCUACAACAGAAGUGGGAGUCGACCAGCCAAUAUCAUGACAGGCUGCAAACUCUGAAUACAGACUGA